AUGUUGUCGUCUCAGAUGUACAAGGAGUUGGGACUUGCCUCCCUGAUGCGCUCCUCCGCUCCCAGCCCAUACAAAUUUGCUGCUGACCUGGCAGCUGGAGGUGUGGCCGGCGGUGUCUCUAAGACAGCCGUGGCCCCCAUUGAGCGCGUGAAGCUCAUCCUGCAGACUCAGGACUCCAACCCCAGGAUCAAGUCCGGAGAGAUCCCUCCCUACACAGGCAUUAGCAACUGCUUCUCCCGCGUGGCAGCAGAGCAGGGCGUCGCCUCCUUCUGGCGUGGCAACCUGGCCAAUGUCAUCCGGUACUUCCCCACACAGGCCUUCAACUUCGCCUUCAAGGACACCAUCAAGAACAUGUUCCCCAAGGCCAACCCCAAGACCGAUUUCUGGAAGUUCUUCGCCAUCAACAUGGCCUCGGGUGGCCUGGCUGGUGCCGGAUCGCUGCUGAUCGUGUACCCGCUGGACUUCGCGCGUACCCGCCUGGCCGCCGAUUUGGGCAAGACCGGUGCGCGCGAGUUCACCGGCCUCCUGGACUGCCUCAGCAAGGUCGUCAAGCGCGGCGGCAUGAUCUCCCUCUACCAGGGCUUCGGCGUCUCCGUGCAGGGUAUCAUCGUGUACCGCGGAGCCUACUUUGGUCUGUACGACACAGCCAAGGGAGUGCUGUUCAAGGACGAGAAGACCGCCAACUUCUUCGCCAAGUGGGCUGUGGCUCAGGCUGUCACUGCUGCUGCCGGUGUCAUGUCCUACCCCUUCGACACUGUCCGCCGUCGUCUCAUGAUGCAGUCCGGUGGCGCUAAGCACUACAACGGCACCAUCGACGCGUGGGGCAAGAUCUACAGGGAGGAGGGAGGCAAGGCCUUCUUCAAGGGAGCCUGGUCCAACGUGCUGCGCGGAGCCGGCGGCGCCCUCGUGCUGGUCAUCUACGACGAGUUCAAGAAGAUCAUCGACGCAAACCUCUAGAUUUCCCCCCUCAAACGCCGCGGCGCCGCCGCUGCCGACGACCACUCCCACAUUACUUACAUCAACCCUUGCAGCAGCUGCCGGUGGGCGUGUGAGUCUCUGGUUGCAGCCUGCUAUGGGCUUUAGUACUCUGGGCUGAGCACGGCUGUGCUGGGGGCUUGACCACUUUCUAAUGGCGAAGGGCAUCUGUUGCUUGGGAGUUAUAACAGCAGGGGUGCUCUGCCCUGGGCUGGUGUACUGACGAGUUCGGCAUUCUCCUGGAUUAAAGUGGGUACUGUAUCAGAAAGGUCCCGUACAGGCUGCCAGAAAUGGGUGGAAGUCCGGCAUAGUGAGGCAUUGGUGGGUGCCAGAAUUGGUUGUGCAAUCACUUUGUGUGCCACAUGGCUCCUGGACACUUGCAGAAUAUUGCGCGUCGCAGCACUGGGAAUGACCGCCCUUCCUUGCGUCCAUCGCUCAGCAGAUUCAAAUUAUUUUACGUCACCGUCUCUGGAUUGUUCGCGUGUUGGGAGAAUGUGCAGAUUUUGCCACUGAUUUGGAGGAUGUAGGCUUCCGAUGAGUCAUUUAUUGGUACAACUUGCUUGGUAUGGGUCGGUAAAUUCAUUAAUACAGACACAGAAGUCUUCUGAGUGCGCCACCAUGGGCCGGAGGAGCUAUGUGAUGACACAUCUAUGUAAAAGUAUGCCUCCGAGGUAUC